AUGGCGAAUCUAUCCGCGCUCAUGCUAGCACGGGACCUGAAGCUUUUAUUAGAAGAGAGAAGUAAGGCAGUUGCAUAUACAUCUAGUCAAACACACUCAUCGUUAGCGAAAGGUUUGGGUAUCCUUGGGUUUCAUCCAUCCCAGAUCCGCAAGGUGACCUGUGAUGACAGCAUGCGUAUUGGUACGGCAUUGCUAAGGUCAGCGAUUGAGCAAGACAAAGCUUUGGGCAAGACCCCAUUUCUUAUUGUCGGUAAAGCUGGGACUACAAAUACUAGCACUGUUGAUCUAUUUAUAGAGCUCGCCGCCAUCGCGAGAGAACAAAACUUAUGGCUUCAUGCCGAUGGGGCCUACGGUGCAUCUGCCCUACUUUGUCAAUCACGCCGCGCGAUUCUUUGUGGUAUUGAACUCUGUGACUGCCUUUCUUGGGAUGCUCAUAAGUGGCUCUUCCAAACUUAUGGCUGCGGCAUGGUUCUCGUACGACAUCGCCAGUUUCUUACCGAAAGCUUUGGGACAACUGCAGAAUAUACUCAGGACGCCGCCGAGACAGGCGAGUCGCUUCCAAAUUUCUGGAGUUACGGACCAGAACUUACGCGCCCGGCAAGAGCAAUGAAAUUGUGGUUCUCCUUCCAACUGCUAGGAUUAAAUACCAUAGAUAUAGCCAUCAAUCGCGGAUUUGAACUGGCGGAAACAGCGCAGUCAUCACUAGAGGGCCUGAAAGACUGGGAGAUCCUAUCUCCGGCGCAAAUGGGUAUCAUUUUAUUCCCAUUUCAUCCACAUGUUCCUGCUGCAAAUCUAGACGAAGUGAAUAUGAGGAUUUCACAAUCAGCAAUUGAGAAUAACCUGGCAGCGACUUUGACAACAAGGGUACGGGGCGUUUUAGUAUUGAGGAUAUACUCCAUACAUCCAAAUCUAAGUGACGACGAAAUGCUAGCUAUUAUAAAUGGGUUAGACCAGCUUGCUCAUUUAUAUUUGUCAAGGGCCAGCAAGGAUGAUAUCAUCUAA